UGCCCCAGGCACUCUGGGGUGUAUAAAAGAUCCAAGGGCUCCACAGGUCUCCAUCCAGCUUCUUCCACUUGUCUCUGCUCAUUGAUCGUUGUGCUUUCCCUGCUGAACCAAAGGAUGUCCUGCUCCAGCCUGUGUGUCCCUUCCUGCGGGGUGGCCACCCCGGCCCCUCUGGCUGACACCUGCAACGAGCCCUGCGUGCGGCAGUGCCCUGACUCCACGGUGGUGAUCCAGCCCCCGGCCUCAGUGGUCACCUUCCCCGGGCCCAUCCUCAGCUCCUUCCCGCAGCACAGCUCUGUGGGCUCGGCCGGAGCUCCCUUCGUUGGAGGCGGCUCUGGUGGCUCCUUUGGAGGCCGUGGCGGCUACGGGGGCUAUGGGGGCUACGGGGGCUUUGGAGGCUUUGGAGGCUUUGGAGGCUAUGGGGGUUAUGGAGCCUGUGGUGGCUGGGGCCGUGGUUCCCGGUCCCUCGGGGGUGGCUGUGGGCCCUGCUAAACCCCAAAUCUCCCUGGAGUUCAGUGCUGCCUCUGCCCAUGGGCUCCACCACCAGCCCCUCCUGUCUUCUGCCACCUGAGCCAGGAUGAAGUUGCAGCCCCUGCUGAGGGGUGGCCCAGCAGCCCCGGGAGCUGCAGGGUCCCCAUCACCUGCCAGGGUGACCCUGCAGCCCCUCAGCCGGUGCCUUUGGGGUUUCCAGCACUGCCUCCACCAGCUCCCCCCUCUCUGCCAUCCCACCCAGCUGUGCUGACCCUCGGGUGAGGGUCUGCCCUGCUCUGCCCAGCUCCGAGACUCCCCACCCACCCUGGGAAGGGGGAACCUCUGGGGUGGAGCCCUGGGUUGUGCCUUGCUGCUGCCUUAGGAUUUUUGUGUUUCCAGUGCACUGUAGCUGUGCUGGUUUGUCUCUUGCUGACACUGCCUACGGCCUUCUUCAUCCACAAUAAAGAACCUGCAUUGCAUGAACGA